UAUGGUUUUUAAUCACUAAAAGUUAAGUUUUGCUUCCCAAAAAUCCCCCCUGAUAAUGGUAUUCGACCACACCUCUGCCUAUCCAAACAUCUGUUCAAUUUACCGACCAUGUUUUGUAAUAUUAUAAAACGCUCGUUCCAAGCGAAUAUCAGGCAUGUGAAUAGCUUGAAUGCGCUGCGGUUGGUCAGCUCCAAUGGACCCCAAAGCGACAUCAAGGAUGCACUGGACAUAGAGGCCAAUCUCUUCGGGAAUUCAGGUUUGAAGCACCAACCGGUAAACACGCGGGAAGUUUUACGCAAGACGAGAACAAAAUAUGUUGCAGCAAAGAAAACCAAGGAACCCAGUGCUCCAGUUCCCCCACGCAAGUUCGUGGCUCAUGCACUCCCUGCUCCACGGGUGGCUGCUAUUCCUGCUCCAGUGAUCAAGGACAGUGAGCUAAACCUGGAGUUUGUGCGUCUCACCUUGCAGGAUCCUUUGACCAGCACUCUGUUGACCACAGUGCGUUCCCGCAAGCGCCGGGACAAGUAUCGGCAGAUCAUCGUCGAGGGCAGACGACUCAUCCAGGAAGCCCUGCAAUGCGGACUCAAAAUGGAGGCCCUCUUCUUCAGCCAAAAGGACCAGUUGGCGUUGGUGAAGGAGGAGGUGGGCAGGGCGCAGCUGGAGGCGGGCACCAUGAUCUACAAGGUUCCGCAGCACGACCUGAAGACGUGGUCCUCGCUGGUAACCCCUCCCGGUCUAAUGGCCAUUUUCGACAGACCUUCGGACAAGGGCUUGGAAAGGAACUUGGCGGAGCAACAUCGCCUAGGCACUCAGCCCUUGCCAAUUACAGUUGUGUGCGACAAUAUACGGGAGCCGAACAACCUUGGCAGCAUAAUUAGGACCUGUGCAGCUCUGCCCUGUAGCCAAGUGGUGGUGACCCAGGGCUGUUGCGAUCCCUGGGAGUCGAAGGCCCUGAGAGGAGGUUGUGGCGGUCAGUUUCGAGUGCCGAUCCGGGAUGAUGUCCAGUGGGAGGAGCUCUCACUGGUCAUUCCACCAGAGGCAGCCGACGACUGCCAUGUUUUCAUUGCGGAGAGCAAUCAACAGAAGCGGGAGAGCAAUCAGACCAUCGAUUAUGCAGAGAUCAAGGAUAUCGGAGCCCACAAUUUGCUCAUUAUUGGCGGAGAGAGUCACGGGGUCAGCGAGGAAGCUUACAGUUUCUUAAACCUGGUUGGACGCAAGGGAAAGUGUGUAUAUAUACCCCUGGCAGCUGGAAUCGAUAGUUUGAAUGUGGCCUCUGCUCUGACAUUGUUGCUCUUUGAGCUGCGACGAAAACUUAAUAAUCAGACGACAGAUAAAGAUUAAGUUUGCAAUGCCAAGCCUAAAAAAAAGUAUUUCGUUGAAAAAUAAAAUUGUUUAAUUACAUAAUUGA